CUAAUGCUUAUUAUUAAACAUAUUUUCGAGUUCUGAGAUUCAUAAUUUCAUUAUACCCAAAAUGAUGUGUUUAACGUUUAACUUUGAAUUUGUAAUAACUACUCUUUCUUCUUACGAAUUUAAAUAUUAAUAAAUUACACUCAGUGUUUAGUGACGUUCAUUUGAUAUAACUUAUGUAUACAAAAAUUACUUGUUAAUAAUAACAAUAUAUUUACCUUGAUAUUAGCUCUGGAUUAGCUAUGAAGGUAAUGUUUUCCUGGUCGAUAUAUUCAUGUUUAAUUUUCGGAACUGGAAUUUUGUGUGACCAUAAACUUGAAAGACGACAAGUUGGACCAUCUUGCUCACUAACCACCAAGGAUACUUUUAGUUGUUCCGAUGGAAACUGUAUUAUAUGGCCAUCAGUUUGUGACGGUCGGGAAGAUUGCUCAGAUGGUUCAGACGAAAACAAAGAACUGUGUAAUCGAUAUGAAUACGAAAUGAAUGCAACGUUAGAAUGUGGGAGAGUAUAUACCACUGGCGACCAAGAUAAGAACACGCUUAAUGGGAUAACACCUUGGAAUGUUGGAAUAUAUAAAAGGGAUGAAGAAACUUAUAAUUCUUCCACUUAUAAUUUUAUAUGUGGAGGAUCAAUUAUUGGUCCAAAAUUCAUCGUUUCCGUUGCUAAAUGUUUUUAUGUAUCAAAAAAUGUUAGAAGAUUACCAGGAUACAACGAUUACAAAGUUUCGAUUGGAAAAUACGUUGAAAAUCUCACUCAAGCUGAUAAUAAAUUUAUUCAAAUAAUUAAUGUGGACAUUAUUUAUUUAAACGACGAUUUUUAUGAAUAUGAUGAUUUAUUUCCCAAUGAUAUUGCUGUCAUUGUGUUAUCGGACCGAAUUACUUUUAGUAAUUUUGUGACACCUGUUUGUAUCGAUUGGUAUGAUAAAUACAAUGUAUUGAAUGGAGCUCAAGGCAAGAUUGUUCCAUGGACACUAAAGAGAGCUUCCGGGAUUUCCUUAUCAGAAAAAUCUUUAACAUUUAUCGAUAAUGAUUCUUGUCGAAACACGUACGAAUUAAAAUAUAUGACUGAUGAUAAAUUUUGUGGCAGUUCUACAAUGGAGAAAAGAAAAGAUUUGAUGUAUUUUGGCACAGGCCUUACAUUUGUACACUCAAAUAACUCUCAUUUUUUAACCGGAGUAGCAACAAACGACGGAAAAGCCAAUAAUAAUACAAUCGUAUAUUUGACAGAUAUUAAGUAUCAUAUUAAUUGGAUUCGUAAAAUGUAUAUCAAAUAUUUAAACCAUGAUAUACCAUAUUGCAUUUUACCAGCCAUUGAAGGAAUUAUAUAUUCUUAUGAAGGAUCAGAUAAAAUAUUAGCUCAUGGGACAAUAAUUAAUAAGUAUCGUACCGUUAUUGAGAACUGUGAUGUUGGCUAUUAUAAGGCUUACCCAAGAGGUUUUAGAGUAUGUCAAGGAAAUGGAAAAUGGACCUUGACUUCUGAUAAACUGUGUUUUAAAAGAUGUCCGCCUCUAUUAUCAGAGAGUUUAGAUAUUAAAUGUACUUUAAACGGUAACUUUGCUAAUUGUUCAAAUCCUUCGACUCCCGAAACAAUAGCCGUACCAUCGUGUAAACCAACACAUACAUUACCAAAUGGACAAGAAGAGACUCAAAUUGAAUUGAUUUGUCAGUCAAAUGGAAUGUGGAAUAAUCGGCUAUAUAAAUGCAAUCCAAAUUGUGGAAGAGUAUAUACUAAUGGCAAAAUAUCGAUGGCCAAUGGUAAAACAGCUAUGGUUGGAACAGCACCUUGGAACGUUGGGAUAUAUCGAUUAAAUAAAGAUACUUCCAAAUAUGACUUGAUAUGCGGAGGAUCAAUAAUUGCUCCAAAUCUAGUAGUUUCUGCCGCUCAUUGUUUUUGGCACCAAGAUAUAUUAUCUAAUAAAAUAUCAAUAAACGACGAUUCAUAUAAAGUCGCUGUUGGGAAAUAUGAUAGAAAUUUUACAGUCGUCGACAAUGAAUUUACUCGAAUAAUGAAUAUUGAAAUUAUUUACUUAAAUGAACAUUUCUCUGGAGCUCGUGGCUAUUUUGCUAAUGAUAUAGCUGUUAUUGUGUUAUCGAAUAGAGUUGCUUUUAGUAAUGUUGUCGCACCUAUUUGUAUUGAUUGGACUGGUAAAUACAAUAUAUUGAAUGGAGUUGAAGGAAAGAUUGUUGGCUGGGGAAAGACAGAAAUGGGUACAGCAAGUCCGUUUUUAUUAGAAAGUUAUUUACCAUACCUCGACCAGAAUUCUUGUCGAGAUACUUAUACGAAUGGAUUUGAUAUAUUUGUAACUCUUGAUAAGUUUUGUGCUGGAUCUACAGUUGGUAGUUAUCUUGAUUUUAGUUCUGAAUUGACUAUGACGGUGAUACAUUUCUGGUUGAUAUAUUCAUGUCUAAUUUUAGGAACUGGAAUUUUGUGUGACCAUAAACUCGAAAGACGACAAGCUCGUACAAGAUGCUCAGAAAGCACCAAGGAUACUUUUAGUUGUUCCGAUGGACGGUGUAUUGUAUGGUCGUCAGUUUGUGACGGUCGCGAAGACUGCUCAGAUGGUUCAGAUGAAAACAAAGAAAUGUGUAAUCGAUACGAGUACGGAACGAGUAAAAUAGAAUGCGGUAGAGUACACAAAACUAGCAAUUCUGUAUCAACUGACAAUGAUAUGAAAACAUUUAUUGGAAGAGCACCAUGGAAUGUCGGAAUAUAUGUGAAAAAUACAGAAAAUGCCAAUUAUAUUUUUAUAUGCGGAGGAUCAAUUAUUGGUCCAACAUUAGUCGCAUCUGUUGCUCAAUGUUUUUGGGAAUCGGAGUAUUUUGCUGCCAAAGUAUCAAUAAAAGGUAAGUACAAAGUUGCCAUUGGGAAAUACCAGAAAAGUUACUCCACACAAUUCGAAAAAAUUGACAAUGAAUUUACUCAAAUAAUAAAUGUGGAAAGUGUUUACACGCAUGAAGAUUAUAAUUAUCCAAAUAAACUAUGGACUUAUGAUAUGGCUCUCGUUGUGUUAUCGAACAAAAUUACUUUUAGCAAUUAUGUAACACCUGUUUGUAUCGAUUGGAGUGGAAAAUACAAUGUAAGGGAUGGAGAUAAAGGACAGAUUUUAACUUGGAGAUAUGGGGAAGAAUCCUUUUUAUCAGAAACAUCUUUAUCAUACAUUGACCAUGAUUCUUGUCGUAAUACGUACAAAUCUGAAUUGCGUGAUGAUCAGUUUUGUGGCAGUUCUGCGUUGGGAGAAAUCGUUAAUUUGUUUUAUUUCGGCUCAGGACUAACCUUUGCACAUUCUAAUAAUUCUCAUUUUUUAACUGGAGCAGCAAUUUACGAAAAUGAAAUCAAAAAUAGAACAAUCGUAGAUUUUACAGAUCUUAAAUACUACAUUGACUGGAUUCGUCAGCUGUAUAUUAAACAUUUAAACCAUGAUAUACCUUUUUGUAUUUUACCAGCUGUCGACGGAGUUAUAUAUUCUUAUGAAGGUUCAAAUACAAUUUUAGCUCGUGGUACAUUAAUUAAUCAAUAUCGUACCGUAAUUGAGAACUGUGAUGUUGGAUAUUAUAAAGCUUACCCCAGAGGUUUAAGAGUAUGUCAGGGAAAUGGAAAAUGGUCUUCGACUUUCGAGAAAUUGUGUAUUAAAAUGUGUCCGCCUCUUUUAUCCGAUAGUUUAGAUAUUAAAUGUACUCUUAAUGGUAAGUUUACAAAUUGUUCAAAUCCUUCGACUCCCGAAACAAUAGCCGUACCAUCGUGUAAACCAACCCAUACAUUACCAAAUGGACAAGAAGAGACUCCAAUUGAAUUGAUUUGUCAGUCUGAUGGAAUGUGGGAUAAUCAGCUAUAUAAAUGCAAUCCACAUUGUGGCAGAGUAUAUACUAAUGGGAAGAUAUUGAUCGCCAAUGGUAAGAAAGCACAAUUUGGAACAGCACCUUGGAACGUUGGAAUAUAUCGAUUAAAUAAAGCGAAUUCAAAUUAUGAUUUGAUAUGUGGGGGAACAAUAAUUUCUUCAAAUUUAGUCGUUACUGCGGCUCAUUGUUUUUGGUACAAAGGAAUAUUAUCUAAAAAAAUAUCAAUAAACGAUGAUUCAUAUAAAGUUGCCGUCGGAAAAUAUGAUAGAAAUUUCACAGUAGUUGACAAUGACUUUACACGAAUAAUGAAUGUGGACGUUAUUUAUUUACAUGAUCUUUUCACUGGAAAUCAAGAUUACUAUGCUUAUGAUAUAGCUGUAAUGGUGUUAUCGAACAUAGUUUCUUUUAGUAAUGUUGUUGCGCCUAUUUGCAUCGAUUGGACUGGUAAAUACAAUGUGUCAAACGGAGUUGAAGGAAAGAUUGUAGGCUGGGGAAAUACGGAAAAGGGUACAUUAAGUCCCGUUUUAUUAGAGACUUCUUUACCAUACCUUGACCAUGAUUCUUGUCGAGCUAUGUAUACAAAUGGAUUUCAUAUAUUUGUUACUCUUGAUAAGUUUUGUGCUGGAUCUGCGUCAGUUCCAGGACAAGACAUGGGCGAGGGAGAUAGCGGUUCAGGCUUAACAUUUUUACAUUCAAAGUCUUAUUAUUUAACCGGUGUAUUGAGUCUUAAGCAGAAAUCUUCAAAUAACUCAAUUGCGCUUUUUACAGAUUUUAAGCACCAUAUUCAGUGGAUUCGUCGACUGUAUCAAAAACAUAACUAAGUCCAAUAAGAUUAUGGUAAUAACAUAUAAGUAAUUUUUUUUAAUUAUAUUAAAUAAUGAUUUUGUUGUGUACUGCUUUGCCGACGAACAUAAUAUUUUUUUUCAAUUUAUUAAGGCGACAGUUUACUGUUUUUACAUAUCUCAUUAUACAAUAAUAUUAAUUUUUGAAUUAUACAUUUAAUGUAUAAGAUUAAAAUUGUUGAACACAUAUUUUUUUACAAAAUGUUGUUUAUAUUAAGAUUGUUAACAAAAUUAAAAAAAAAAAAAAACAUCUACACAUUUGUGAAUCAUUGUGUAAUUGUCUGUAAACAUUUAUGUUUAUACAUUUGUACAAAUUUUUUAUUGAAAAAAUGAGGAUACAGGAAAACACAAUGAUUAUAUUUCAACAAUGGUUAUUAAAUGUUAAAAGUCAAGUAGGAUAAUGUGUUCAAGACAAUAAAAAAAUAUAACUAAAAUUA